AUGGUCCCGAAUCCGACUUAUAGGCAGAGCGGCCGAGCCGACUCUCUGGGCCUGAACCAGGGCUUCAUGAGGAAAGACAUCUUGGACGAGCUCUGUAACAGAAAGGAUCACGAGAAGAUCUUGCCCAAAGUCCUCAAAGCUGUCGCCGAAACCGGCUCUUUGUAUUGGGACGUGAGGAACCGGCUCGGGGAGGAUCCAAUUGUCCAGCGACUGAAGACACUUGUGUUCAAGCAUGCAAAGAGCAUUCAGGAUGCCACCACAGCCCUUUAUGGAGACUCGGCAGAAGUGAGCGAGCUGUGCCUGGACAUGUCCGACUUUAAUCGUUCCUCUCAUGAUUUUGAGAAGUUUGUGGAGCGGCUUACAGAUAUCGUUCCCCGCCAGCAAGAGAUGGGUGAGGAAUCUGACGACGAAGAACCCAUUUCCAGUCUUCCGGGAAUGGUACAAUUUGAAGACACUCUUUUCUUUGUGAACCUACCAGACCUGAACUAUGUGAAACAGCCAUGCUCGCAAGAGACGAUCCGAAAGCUUUUCAACUGGCUUGGGGAACGUCAAGGCGUCAAGACGGUCAACAGACUCUAUAUUCCUGACAACAGCUUGAACCCGCUCAGUGAUGCUUUCAUAGCGCUGUAUGUUCUUGAUAAGUUUACGAUCAAGGCGCUGGAUUGGCGGAAACUGGAUAUCAACCUUGACAUCUUGACUUCAAGCGUGUCGGGCACGAGCGAUUUAACGACCAGAGGGCCGAGGAGAAUGCCGACCUCCAAUACCCGAGAACAUCUCAGGGAGUUGAACCUCUAUUCCAGCGGCAAUUGGAGUGUCCUCUAUCAUUGGAUUAGCGAAGAGGGCCUAGCCAAACUCCCCAAGGGCGCCCACGACAAAGUCACCAGGGAGUACUAUCGGAGUCUUGUGGCUACGUAUAAAAGUAGCCUCACGAAGAUCCACGAUUCGAAGAAGAAGCAGAACAAGAACAAUCCUUCCUUAAAUUACCGCUUCGAGUUGGCUGUUCGGACCGAUUCCCGGUGGGACUAUCCCCGUCCGUUCCAAGAGAUGGAAGAGCCCACUGUGCAAGUUCCUCGGCACAAAUUCACCAGCCUCUUAACCCCAUGCCGGUCCUUCAUGGACGCACAGCUUGCCCGGGCGACUGAUAUCCUGCUGGAGAGAUCGGUCAAGAUCAAGCAUCGGCAUGAAUCAAAGACGUCAAUACCGAGAGAGGAGUUUGAGAAACUCCUACCACCCGAUCAGCUUGCACUGAAGCUUUACGACCACGUCUUCGCCACCGAGCCCGAUCGCCGGAUCAAGGUCGCCAUCAUUGACAAUGGAGCGGACAAGAUUCGAUCGCCCAUUGGAUCGAUGAUUGAGAAGGGGAUCUCGUAUGUGUCAUCGGAUCUCCUAGGGGAAGCACCGCGGCCCUGGUGGAUGGUUGCCGACGCCCAUGGGACUCAGAUGGCCUCCUUAAUUGGCCAGAUCAACCCAUACUGCCGGCUGUACAUUGCACGAGUGGGCAAAGGCCGCGCCGACAUUGAUCCCAAGAAGGCCGCCAAGGCGAUCCACUGGGCCGUGGAGCAGAAGGUUGAUAUCAUCUCGAUGAGCUGGGUGACGAAGAAAAAUGAGGAAGAGCUCGAGAAAGCGGUUAAAGAGGCUGCCCAGACGGAUAAAGGACGCCGCCCAACUCUGAUGUUCUGCUCGACGGCCGACGAAGGAGCGUUUGGCGGACCCGCGUACCCAGUGGACUAUAAAGAACACGUCGUCAGCGUGAGCGCCACCGAUAGCUGGGGCGGCCUGACCUCCAAAACAGAUCGCCAUACUCGGGUGGAUGUUAGUAUCCCGGGCGAGGAUCUGGAGGCAUCCGCGCCGUUUUAUCUGGGGAAUGUGGGCUCCACGGUCUCUGGCUCGUCCGUGGCUACCGCUCUAGCGGUGGGCAUCGCUCCCUUGGCUCUGCUUCUGUUGCGGACGUACAACGAUGGCAGUGAAGACGAGCUGUCAUCCUUUUACACGCGCAAAGGCAUCAUGCGCGUGUUCGAUCGAAUGGAAGCCAGCAAAGGGGGUGUUCAACUUCAGCACUUAUUUCUGCGCGACCCGGUCGAGCCCAGCAAUAUUCACGGGACGAUGGCUAGUACGUGGAAGAUCAAAAAAUUUCUCGAGCCACCAGAGUUGGCUGGAACUUGA